AUGCUCGCGCUCGUCGAUUACACCUCUGACAGCGAUUCUGAAUCAGAACAAAAACCAUCCACACCACCUCCUCCACAAUCGCAGCCACAAAGACCCGGACUUUCUGCAUUACUUCCAAAACCCAAGGGUGCACGGAAGACUGCCGGGGGUGGUGGCGAGGAUAGUGGCCCUAAAAAAAUAAUCGUUAACCUUCCAAAACUCAAUGACAAUGAGGUCGAUGAUGGACCUCCGACGAAAAAAACAAAGAUUGGAGGGAGUUCAGCUACAAAACAAAAGGUUUAUUUAUUUGGGGCAGGUCCAAGCCUGUCGCCUUCCACGAAAAUAACAACAAAAUCUAUAGCUCCAGGCGAAUACCAGCCAAUAAUGCUCAUGGCCGCAACACCCGCGAAUAAACCAAAGGGGACGUCUGGUGCUCGAGAUGAAAGCCCCUACUUCGAAGAGACAAAUGGAGUCAUAAAUCCUGAAUCGAAUUCAGUCGGCACCAGUGUUGAAAAUGUACCACAAGACCUAGAGACAGUUGCACGAGAAGCUGGCCUUGAUGACGCUGCAAUGCGCCAGCUCUAUGGCCGACGAGGCCGCGGAAAUGCCCCCAUCAAUAUCACCAAUUACAGUGUGGAUCAGGAAUAUAAUAAUAAUGAACUCAGCAGGUCAAUGGGGCUACUAGAAGAAGUAAAACCUGUCAGAAGCAUUGCUCCAGGGAAACACCAGCUUUCCUCAUUACUCAAUGCCGCACAAUCGCAAAGGGGUGCUUUGGAAGACGCCUUUGCCCAAGGGAAAAGGAACAAGAAAGAGGCCGGCUCCAAAUAUGGAUGGUAA